GCCGGAGGAGCCUGCGUAAAUCCGCGCAUGCGCACAUGACGCUACAGCCGCUGUAUUUCCUGCUUGCUGUUUCCACUCGAAGCGAUGGCAGAAGUGAAAGCUUCCCUGAUUUGUGGAGUUAUAGCGGCUUUCCUAAGUUCAGCGGUGCUUGCAUUUGUUGAAGAUCUAGAUGACACAUUUAAAGACUCCAGAGUUAACGACAUCUGGCUGGUUGAUUUCUACGCACCGUGGUGUGGCUACUGUAAAAAACUGGAGCCGGUAUGGCAUGACGUGGGAGUUGAGCUGAAGACCUCUGGGUCUCCGGUCCGUGUGGGGAAGAUGGAUGCCACUGCUUACUCUGGAAUUGCAUCAGAGUUCGGGGUCCGUGGAUACCCCACAAUAAAACUGUUAAAAGGUGAUCUUGCCUAUAAUUACAAAGGACCAAGGACAAAAGAUGACAUUGUCGAGUUUGCCAACAGAGUAGCAGGGCCAGCUGUUCGAGCGCUUCCCAGCAGGCAGAUGUUUGAGCACAUGAUGAAACGCCAUGAUGUACUGUUCGUUUACAUCGGCGGAGAUUCUCCACUUAAAGAGAAGUACAGCGACGCAGCCUCUGAGCUCAUUGUCUACACUUAUUUCUUCUCGGCUUCAGAGGACGUCUUACCAGAGUCGGUAACUCUGCCAGAACUUCCUGCAGUUGUAGUCUUUAAGGAUGGAGGAUACUUCAGUUAUGAUGAGUAUGAGGACGGUAGUUUGUCAUCGUGGGUGAACAAGGAGCGCUUCCAAGGAUACCUUCAGAUCGAUGGGUUUACACUCUAUGAGCUGGGAGAAACAGGCAAAUUGGUGGCGAUUGCAGUCAUCGAUGAGAAGGACCCCACAGAGGAGAGUGGCAGAUUAAAGACCUUGAUUCAGAGGGUGGCAAAGGAAUACAGAGAGCAUUUUAACAGAGACUUUCAGUUUGGCCACAUGGACGGGAAUGACUACAUUAACAGCCUCAUUAUGGGCGAGGUGACAGUGCCCUCCGUUAUCAUCCUCAACACAUCCAAUGAGCAGUACUUCCUGCCUGGCGAGCCCAUCGAGACCAUGGAGCAGCUGGUCCAAUUCAUCAAAAGUGUUCUGAACGGUUCUGCACAGGCAUAUGGAGGUGAUGGCAUCAUUCAAAGGAUCAAACGUGUGGGGUUUGAUGCCCGGUCCACUGUUAUGUCGGUGUUCCGCAGCUCUCCGCUCCUCGGCUGCUUCCUGUUCGGCCUACCGCUGGGUGUAAUUAGCCUGAUGUGUUACGGCAUCUGCACCGCCGAAACCGAUGACGGCUCCGAUGACAUCGACGCACUCAAGAGGGAGGGCCUGACCGAUGAGGAGGAGGAAGAGGAGGAGGAGAGGCAACGCACCGCUGCGCUGGCGGGCCCAGAAGAAGAAGAAGAAGAAGAAGAGGAAGAGGAGGGAGAAGAGGAAGGAGACGGGAACGAGGAAGAGGAGAUGGAUGCAGGAGAGAAAGAUCCCCAGGAGAAGAAAACCGAUUAACGCAGGGGUUACUCCCGCCGGAUAGAGGAUGAUAGGCCUAGUCUAAUGCAGUGACAUGAAACUCAAAGACAUAUCAGUGUGUUACUGUUACGCUUCUUUGUUUUUCAUCUCACGCCUUCUCCAAGCCCCUUUAGCACAGACUCUUGUCCAUCUUUGAGUUUCUGUCUCUCUGUGUGACAAAGGUCAGCCGCUUGGUGGAGACUUCCAAAUGUAA